UUUCGGUCACUAACCGAACGUAUUUGCUCAGUGUCAGAAUUGGCUAUAGCUACAAAAAUGGUUUUGAUUGCGUUUAAGACAAGUGGGGAUGCUUUGCAAGAAGAGCGAGAAGGAAAAGUUCGCGAGAUUGGAACCAAAGCAGUGUGGUCACUUUCUUCCUGUAAGCCUGGCUUUGGUGUGGAUCAACUCAGGGAUAAUUGCUUAGAAACAUACUGGCAGUCUGAUGGUCCUCAACCUCAUUUAGUCAACAUCCACUUUCGUAAAAAGACGACUGUUCAAGAUGUUUGCAUUUAUGCUGAUUACAAACUGGAUGAAAGCUACACUCCUAACAGGAUUUCAGUUCGUGCGGGAACACAUUUUCAUGACCUCCAGGAAUGUGAAGUUAUAGAAUUAAAUGAACCAACUGGAUGGGUGAAGAUUCUACUUAAAGAUACAUCAGAUCAGCCUAUACGUACCUAUUUAGUUCAAAUUGCGGUGCUGUCUAAUCAUCAAAAUGGGCGAGAUACCCAUAUGAGGCAAAUUCGUGUUCAUACUCCUGUUGAAAGUAAUUGCGUUUCAGCAAUUAAGUUUCCAAUGUUAACUAGUGUUGAAUGUGCUGCAUAUAGUACUAUUCGAUAGAAAAAAAUGGUAAAAUGUAUCGUUUGCAAAAGCUUUGCAAAAUAAGAGAAUUCCAUUACAACGAACUUCAAGGGAACGCAAAUUUUAUUCGUUACAACAAGAAUUUCGUUGUAAUGGAAUUCAAACAUUAAAAUGGAAAUUUGAUCAGAACUUAAAAUUCAUUUCAUCAAAAUAAAUAUUGAUAGUUAUUGCAUUGUAUUGAUAGUUGUUGCAAGAAGAUUUCACUGUAUUAUCUAGAACUGUUAAGUUUAUUCAAGUGCAUUUCACUUUAUUCAAAAUAUAACUUCCUUCAGUAUUUUUUAAAUGAAUAUUUGGUAUUUUUUAAUGUAUCUGACCAUUUUCUACAAUGAAUCUUUUCUCUUGAAAUUCGUAGCUUAUGCACGUAUUGGUCUGUAGAAAUUUUACAUAAGGCAUAAACCAUUUUAUUUAUUUUAUUGCAUUAAUACUCUUUAAGUAUAGGAAAGUUACAUUAAAGCAUAAAACAUCUUAUUUAUUUUGUUACACUCAUACUCUUUAAGUAGGGAAGUGUGGAAUAAAGUAAAAUAGUUAAGAUAACUCACCUUUUUAAAAAUGGAAAAAUUAUUAGUGCUUUUUGAAAAGUUAGUAAAUAGAUGAAAAAACAAUGUAUUUCAUAAUAAAACUUGCAUUGAAACAUUAUUUUUCAUUUUGGGCAUUAAAAUUGUACCAUGAAAAAAAAGGGGGGGGGAUUUUUCACUUUUAUUUUUUCAAUGAGGCAAAGUGAAAAAUUAAAUUAUUUUUAUAUGAAAAUAUUUUUUACUUAAAUAUCAAAAGUACUUUUUAUCGAAUGAAUACAUACAUAAAGGACUUAAUGAAUAAAUAAUGAAGCAAUAAGCGAAUGAAUAGGGGAGACUGAGGAUACUUGAUUCCCACUUUAGUUUUUAAUUUUUUUUUUCUGGUGCAAAUUAUCAGUUUUUUCAUAAAUUGCGUGAACAAUCGCAAUUGUUUUCUCUAUCUGAAAGUUUUUUGUUUUUUUCCAGAUGAAAUGAAGCAUAAUUUUGUUAAAAUAUUUCUUUUUCAACAUUUUUAUAGAGACAUCAUGUAUCCCCACAUCAAGGGAUAGUUGAUCCCACUGAGAAAAUACAUAGACUUUUCAUUAGAUCAGCAAUUCUGUCUAUGGUUUUUAGUUUUCUACGUAAUGUUUCUAAGAGAAAAAAAAAACAGUAUUUCUAAUUUUCUUUCUCAGAUAAUAAUACUGUGAACACAAAAAUAUUGUCUUAAGUUCAACUAAGAAAUUUGUAGAAAAAUGUACACAACUUUAAUGAACUAAGAUGCUUUUGAUCAGUUACUUAUUCUCAAAUACAGUUGUGAACAACGUAUUUUAUAAAUAAAACUAAUAAUUCUUUUAAAAAUAGUGUAAUAAAGCUAAAAUUACAACAACUAAUUUUAAAAAAUUACAAUGAAAACUACAACAAUCAAUUUAUUUGCUUUUUCUCUUGCCAUAAGAAAAUUAAUAGUUUUUCAAUUGAAUUAUUUUAUAAAGAAAAAAAAAGUAUCUGUAUACUUGUGAAAAAGAAAAGAAAGCCUUGCAUAUAUGCUUUCAAAACAGUUGUUGUAGUUCUUAAAGUUCCACUCAACCUAAGUGGAUGGGGCUUCUUAACACAUUCAUUCUCGUCUUCUACACUUUUGCCAAUUUUUUAAGGAAAAAUAAGAUUGAUCAAGCAUAUUAAUUUUUUGUUUUAAAUACUUGUUUCAAACUUUAGAAAUCCAACUUUACAUAUUAUUUAAUUUACAUAAUGGGCGAGUGUUUUUUCAUUGUAAAUCUAACGACAGCAAUUUUCUUUUUUAAAUUCAAACAAAGAUAACCAAUUUCAACUUGUUCAAGCUCAUUUGACUGAUCAGAACAUAAUUCAUCAUUAGAGUUAGUUUAUGUUUAUAUGUUUGAGGUGUUAUGUGUAAAUAAAAAUCUUGAGUUUGAUUACAAGUGACAACUGAUAUUUUAAUUAUUUAACAGAUUUACUGCAAUGAUUGUUUAUAUCUUUCACUUAUACUAUGAUAAUUUUACUAUGUUAACAUGGUUUCGAAUGUUUAAAAUUCAAAUCAACUAAGUAAAGUAUAGUUAUAUUGUUCAACAGAUCUUUCUUUAAAGUUUCCCUUGACACAUUCAGACAAUCAUUUUGUGAGCUAAAACAAAAUGGCUGAAAAAGACAAACUGUUGCCAGUUUUUAUGUACAAAUAUAACUUUAAUAUGGUUGUCAAAUUUCAAAGCUUUACAUAAUGAUUUUGGUACACUUUUAGCUGGGGAUCAUGUAUCCCUAGUCUCCCCUAAAUGUGUAAGAAAAAAUAAAUGACUGAGUAAAAAAAAGAAUAUAUAACUGAAUCAAUUAAUAAAUGAAUUAGUUAAUGAAUAAAUACAUAUAUGAAUAAGUACAAAUUGAACUAUUUUACUUUGCCACACCUGUACCUAAUAAAUUGGGUUUAACAUUUAAAAUCUAAACAUGCCUAAUAACAUAACACUAUAUAUUUCAAGGAGCAUUUAAAAAUCUUUCAUGGGUAUCAUAUGAAUUUAUUUAAUACAAUAUUUGUUUCAUAUGUUAUGAUGAUGUUUUUGUAGUACAAUGUAAGUUUUUUUUAUGAAUGAACGUCAGAAAAUCUUUUAGUCAUAUAGUAUAACCUGUUAAAUUUGAAUUAAUUUCAUAUCAUGUGAAUAUUUUCUGAAUCUUCUCCAACUUCAAUAUGUGAUUUCUUAAGAAAAAAUAAACUUUUAAAUGCUAAAUUUGAUUGUUGGACUUGAUUAUUUACUCAUUAGUCUCCGAGGUAUGGCAUAUCCAUUAAGUUAAGGAUUAACAACUACCGAGAUUUUAUUUUUUAAAAACUUUUCCUGUUUGGAGAAGUAGUUUUUAUGCAAAUUCUUAUCGAAUUUCUCCAUCUCUAACAUUGUAAAUUUCAAAGCAAAUAUUUUAUGCAAAGCAAUCAUUUUUUCGGUUAACUGUUUUUCAAAAAAUUUCAAGCUCAAUUUACAUCAAGAUAAUGUAUAAAAAAAAUUGUCCAAUUUUUAAUGCUU